AUGAGGCGUCUGUCGAGCUUCCAUUUGCGGUACAUCAUGCAACAACAACAAAAUGCUUCCAGUCCGACCCGCAAGCAAUUUUUACGCUCCAUCGGGCGAGGAGGCGUGGACGCAGUACGAUGGGCUUGGCCCCGUGGGAAACGAUCUACCCACAAUUCUCUAUUCCAGCCGCAGGGGUCGAAAUCUGGCGGGAACAACUCUAGAGGACCAGUUCAGCGAAAUAAUAGGGGGGGGUUCAAAACACAGGGGCGAGAGCGAUCACCUCCAAGAGGAGCCGGGAGAGGAGGUGAUCGGGUGCACAAUGAAUGGCCCCAAUCGAAGUCCUCGGGCCAUAUGAAGUCUCGAGACGUGAGGCCAAGGGAACUAGUCGAUGAAGCUUAUUUAGAGAAGAAUUUCGAGGCCUUAAAAGAGGAUGAUUAUAAGAAGGCACCGAAGGCACUAUUUAAUAACCCAAAGGCAUUUUUAUGGGAUUUCAAGACAUUAUCGGCAAAAUCUGCAUUCUUAACCCAGAAGGGUGGGCUUUAUAGGUGUACAGUUAUCGUCACACUUCCAAAUGGUCAAAAAAUUGAGGCCGUUGGAGAUCAUUCUCAUAAGAAAAAUUCGGAAAAAAUCGCUUGCCAGCAUUGUGUUCUUAAGCUUCAUUCCAACGGCUUGCUCAAAGACAUUAUCUACCAAGGUUCCCAUGAGGCCGCUUUUGACCAGGCUUUGUUAAACGAUGAAUCCGACGCGAAAAUGGAUAUCUACGAUUACUGUGCGCGUUUCGAUGCCGUUCCAAUGUUCAUUUUUCGUGAAACCCAACGACCGGGAAACCGAAGGCCACUAGUUGAGUGCACUGUAGAGAUGCCGGAACAGAAUAUUCAGGCCUCUGCCCGCGCUGCUGAUAAAAAGGUCGCGGAGAUUUUGGCAUGUGUGGAGUUCAAGAAGCAGGCUGAGGAAUAUCACGCUAAGCACGGCGAAUCGACAAUUGUUGUUAAAGAUCUAUUAGCUCUUAGCACUCGUAACGCGAGAAAGUUUUUCGAAUUUUACAAGAUGCAUAACCGAGGCGUCACAUACGAUUGUACUAUAAAACAGGUUUCGGGAGGAACUAAACGACUGAAAGCUGGCUACUUCCUUGGGCAGAUGAUGCUCAAUAACGAACCGCUAGGAGAGCCAGUGGAAAUGCACAGUAAAAAGACAGCAGAUACUGCGGCUUAUCUAACUGGUGCUGUGGAAUUGAAGAAAAGAGAGCCAGGAAUAUUUCCGAAAUUUUUGGAGGCUCUUAGGCUUGGAAACGGAGAACUUCUGAAGCCGAUUACUCCCGCAUGGAUAAAUAUGGAAAAUGACUCGGUGAUGGCUAUGACUGAUACUCUGAUGGGUGUUAGGCGGGUCGGACUUCCCCCGUCUGAAGAGGAAGAGGACAUGAUGGAGGCCAAGGAGGAGAAGGGUAGGAGGAUGAACCCGUGGAGGCGUUUAGAUAAGGCAUUCGUGGCAGUUAAAAAUAUCAAGCUGCAGGAGGAUUACGAGAAGUAUCUCAAUGAUCCUGCAUUGACUACUCUGAGGCAAAAGCGCGAGGAGCUACCGAUGAACCAAUACCAGUCCAAGGUUCUGGAUAUUGUUGAAAACCACCCCGUUAGCAUUAUUGUUGGUGCCACUGGAUCUGGAAAGACGACCCAGGUACCUCAGAUUUUGCUCGAGAAGGCGAUUAAGGAAGGGAGGGGUGCUGAAUGCAACAUCAUCUGUACUCAACCUAGGCGGAUUGCUGCCACCUCUGUGGCACAACGUGUUGCAGUAGAGCGAAACGAAUCUCUUCAAAAAUCUGUUGGUUACCACGUCCGAUUCGAUUCAAAGCUACCUUCUGCUGGCGGAAGCAUCACUUACUGCACGACUGGUAUCCUCCUUCAACAGCUUAGAAACUCUGCCGAUGAAGCAUUAGAGGGUGUUACCCAUCUCGUUAUUGAUGAAGUCCACGAGCGCGAUAUUCUCAUCGACUUUUUGCUAAUUAUUUUGAAGCGAGUGUUGAAAGAGAGAAAAAUCCUUGGGAAGCCUAAUGUCAAGGUUGUGCUUAUGAGUGCCACAAUGGACACAGACCUCUUUUCCAAUUACUUCGCGGAAAGGAACGAGCAUAAUCAUCUUGUACCCUGCCCUGAUCUUAGUGUUCCUGGACGUACUUUCCCUGUCAAAGAAAUGUACCUUGAAGACAUCAGGGGAAUCCUCAAAGAGUCACAUUCACCCGCCGAGUUGUUUAUGCUUAAUGAGCCCGAUUCGAGGGAGUAUCUCGGAAUUGAAGGCAACCUUUCAGCCUCCGCCCCUGCGUCUAGGCUUGCUUCGAGAGUUCCAUCCAGGGCUCCAUCUAGAGCUGCUUCCACACGAGAAGAGGUUCCUGAGGACGACGACGCGGUGGACAAUUCCACUACUAUUAAUUGGAAACAAGAAGUUAAGCUUGGUGUUGAUGGUCAAGCGGUUGUUUCAAACGAGAAGCAGGAUGCCAUUGUUCCAAUCGGCCUCAUCGCAACCACUGUAGCUCAUAUCGCAAAGUCAACUACCGAAGGCGCCAUGUUGGUAUUCUUGCCUGGUCUGGAGGAAAUUACGGGACUUGAUGAAGCCCUUCGAACUCGAAAACCACUUGGUGUUGAUUUCAAUGAUGCGAGCAAAUUCAAGCUCUGCCUACUUCAUUCUUCUAUCCCUAAUCAAAAUGAAGUAUUUGAUGAUGUUCCAGAGGGCUGUCGCAAGGUUAUCCUUUCCACCAACAUUGCGGAAACUUCCGUCACCAUUCCAGAUGUCAGAUAUGUUAUCGAUAGUGGAAAGAUGAGGGAGAAGCAAUACGAGCAGGCACGAAGAAUCACUCAACUUGUAUGCACUUGGAUCAGUAAAUCGAACUCGAAGCAAAGAGCUGGAAGAGCCGGUCGGGUUCAGAACGGAAACUAUUGGGCAUUGUUCUCUAGGAAUAGAUUCGAGUCGAUGCGUGCCACAGGAUUGCCGGAAAUGUUGAGAUCAGAUCUUCAGGAAAUUUGUUUAGACAUCAAGGCGCAAGGCUUUACCGACCCAGUUAAGCAGUUUUUGUCUGAGGCUAUAGAAGCACCUACUCCAAACGUCAUUGAUGCUUCACUCAAUCAAUUGAUGACACUUGGUGCCUUGACUGAUAACGAACGCCUGACGCCUCUAGGGCGUGUAUUGGCCACCAUGCCUGUUGAGCCCGCACUUGGAAAGAUGAUCUUGCUCGCUGUCAUUUUCCGUUGUCUUGACCCGAUCAUAAUCCUGGGCGCUUCUACAGCUGCUAGAGAUCUAUUCGUCAGCCCUCCAGAAAAACGACAAGAUGCCAACCGUGCAAAGCACGCUUUUGUUCGCGGUACGGGUAGUGACCACAUGGCUAUGGUCAAUGCUUUCCGUGAAUGGAGGUGGAUUCGUGAUCAGAACGGUCAAUACGCGGCGAGCAGAUUCGCAGAUGACAAUUUCCUCCAUAAAGGUGCUCUGAGGACUCUUGAGCAGACUGCUGAACAAAUCGAGGAGAUCUUGGUUCAGGCAAGUAUCAUUCCAUUCACUAGGAAGGGUCAGCGUUACCAAUCAGAAAUUGGGCAUGCACGCUUGAACGAUAACUCCAACUGUGUACCACUCAUCAAGGCCCUCACUUUGGCUGGCAUGUACCCUAACUUGGGUAUCAAUACUGGCGGAAGAGGGUUCCGGACUGCGAAUGAGAAUUUCACUAUGAUUCAUCCAACAUCUGUACACUACGGUAACAGAGCAGACGAUCAAUUACCGUUUGGAACCCUUGUUACCUAUUCAGCCAAGGCUAGGAGCAAUGAUGGAUCAACCUUGCUCCUUCGUACUGUCACUGAAAGUUCACCUCUGGCGGCAAUGCUCUUUGGCGGGAAAUUGACGAAUUACGGAAACAACUUGGAGAUCGAUUCUUGGCUUCCAUUCUUGGCGCCUACACAAACUGCGAAGAUUACACAUGAUUUUAGGGGGCUAUUGGAUAGGCUGCUUGCACAUGCAUUCCGUAGUCUUUCCAAGAGAGGUAACGAUAGGAGUGGAUUUUUAGCCGAUGAUCCGGCUCGUGAGACUUUCGCAAAAGGGCUAGUAGAGGUUCUUGAGUGUGAUGUUCCAAAGAGGCAGCCCAACCGCCAGUGGGGAUCUGGUGGUCAAACAGAUAGGGGGUAUACACGCAGGUUCUAA